GCACGUUUCAUAGACGUUGCUCUGGAAUUUGCCAGCUUCUAUAUACAUUAUGAUUUCCUUCUUGUUUAUUGUUUGUGUGGCAAGCACACCUGCUUAUAGUCAGAACCAUGGACACCAUGAGGGGCUUACAGAGGAUCAAUACCAAGAGCACAUAGACAAAUACUGGACGAGCAGUAACACCGACAACGAUGACGUCCUCUCGGUGGCGGAACUCCACACAAUACUUGCCUACUAUGACCUAAACAACGAUGGAACGAUCACACGCCACGAAUACACAACUUUCUUGAGUGCACAGACACCAGAGCUUUUGAGCUAUGCGCAUGCGCUCUAUGAUAUUUAUGAUGCUGAUGGUGACCACCAUCUAGGGAUGCAAGAUCUUGAUAAACUCUACGCAAAAAUGGAUAUUGAUGGAGAUGGUACCGUAAGCAAAACCGAUUUCUACAAUUUUUGGAACCAGAUUCUACAUGAUCUCGCUCAUCUUCACGGACAUGGACACCAUCUAGGAUAAACGUUUCUGCCUUUUUUUUAUUUACAAGUAAAUUUUUGAAUUGCA